AUGGCCAACCACUUCCCCGCCUCGGGCACCAUCCAGGGGAGCGCGGACAUCGCCUGGACCCUGCACCCUCGGGCGUUAAAGCAGAUUCUCUCGCUGCCGGGAUUCUCUGCAGACAGAGCUCACAUCUACGUCCCUCCGGGCUCGCAGGGAGCUGCUCUGGGCCCGAUCCUGCUUUCCUCGAACCGCCCCUUCCCACGGGCCCAGGCUUCACUCCCUGGUGCCGGGACUCCGAGAGGCGAGUGGGAGCUGGGGCGGCCCGAGCGCCAGGUGGGGGGGCGGCGGAGCCACCUCCUGGGGUCCCCCCUGCGCCGCCUGCUCUCCCCGACGGCCGCCUGUCCCGGCAUGUCUGUGCACCUGUCCGGCCAUCUAUGCCAUCGGGGCACCGGCUCCCCUAGCAUCUCCUCCACCGGCCGCACCCCCUGGAGAAGCCUCCCAGCCGCACCCACCCCGUGCCCUCUCCUCCGGGGGGCCGCCCGUCGGCCCGAGACGAGGAUGCUCCAGGCCAGCCGCCCGCUGGCCUCCUGCCCGCCGCAGUGCGUCUGCCACACCCGGCCCUGGUUCACCCCCCAGUCCGUCUACCGCCAGGCCCGCCCAGUGGACUGCAACGACCUGCUGCUGACCCGGGUGCCGCCCGGCCUCACCCCAGACACCCACGUCCUGCUGCUGCAGAGCAACGAGAUCGCCCGGCUCUCCGGCCAGCUCCGGCACCUGCCCAACCUGACCGAGCUGGACCUGUCCCAGAACCGCCUGGCCGGCCUGCCCCCCGCCGGCCUGGCCGGCCUGCCCCGCCUCCUCACCCUCUACCUGGAGAACCAGCCGGAGGAGCUGCCCGAGCGCUGCCUGUGAGGGCUGGCGGCUCUGGAGGAGCUCUACCUGAAUCACAACCGCCUGGUAUCCAUCACCCCCUCAGCCUUCGCCGGCCUGGCCCGACUGCACCUCAACGCCAACCGCCUGCAGACCGUGGACCCGCGCUGGCUCCUGCCCCUGCCACGCCUGGAGAUCCUCAAGAUUGGCGAGAACCCCAUCGCCCGGCUGGAGGCGGGCGGCUUCCGGCCCCUGGCGCGGCUGCACAGCUUGGUGCUGGCCAGCCUGGGGCUGCGGGACCUGCCGGCCGAGGCCUUCCCGGGGCUGGCGGAGCUGGAGAGCCUCUCGCUCUUUCGCAACCAGCUGGCCUGGGUGCCGGCGCCCGCCCUGCGCCGCCUGCCCCUGCUCCAGUUCCUGGAGCUGAAUGAGAACCCCAUCGGGGAGCUGCGGGUGGGUGAUUUCCGGGGCACCCCGCGCCUGGAGCAGCUGAGCCUGAGCACCCUGGAGCAGCUGAUCGGGGUGGCCGAGGGGGCCUUCGACGGGCUGCCCAAGCUGGCCAAGCUGGACCUGAGUCACAACCCCCGGCUGGCCUAUCUGCACCCGGCCGCCUUGCAGGGGGCCCCGGCCCUGCGCACCCUGCUGGCCACCGACGGGGCCCUGGCGCUGCUGCCCGCCCAGCUGCUGGCUUCCCCGCCCAGCCUGGCCGCCCUCAGCCUCCGGGGCAACCCGCUGCGCUGCGACUGCCCGGCCGCCUGGCAGGGGCUGGCGCGGCUGCGGCUGGUGGAACCCGGGGCCACCCUCUGCGCGGCCCCGCUGGGCGCAACCGGCCGGCCGCUGCGGGAGGCUGCCAGGCAGCGGGGGUGGGGCUGCCCCCCGGCAUUCCCCCCCCAGGGCGGGCCCGAGAGGCUGGUGGUGGCCCGCAGCUCCAUCACCCUGAGCUGCCCGGCCAGUGCCGAGCAGCCCCCGGAGAUCUUCUGGCUGGGGCCAGCCGGGGAGAGGCUGCCUGGCUCGGGGCGGCCCGGCGGGGCCCUGGAGCUGGUCGGGGUGGGACUGGCCCAUACAGGGCAGUACACCUGCAUGGCGCGGAACGAGGCGGGCUCUGCCAGCCGCAUCCUGAUGCUGCAGCACCCCAGCCCCUGCUGGGCCUCGGCCACCAUGCACGUCCGCAGGCCCCACCUCAACUACACGGCCUGGGUGCCGCUGGACAGCCGGCAGGUCAACCUGACGCACCUACAGCCGGCCAUGCGCUACGAGAUCUGCCUGAGCCUGGUGGCCACGGAGAUGCCCAUCCCGGCCACCGCGGCAUCACCCUCCUCCAUAGCAACAGCAUCCUCCGGAGCACCGGCCUCCCUAGCAACCGCAUCCUUCUCCACGGCAACCGCCACCUCCCUAGCAACUGGAUCCUUCUCCACAGUGACUGUCGCCUCCCUAGCAACCAGAUCCUUCUCCACAGCAAUCGCCGCCUCCCUAGCAACCAGAUCCUCUCUGGCAAUUACUGCAUCUUCCUUAGCAACCGGAUCCACUACGGCAGUCGCAGCAUCCUCCCGAGAGACUGAGGACUUCUCCCUCGCAACAGCCUCUGCUCUGGCAUCCCCGGGCACGCAGCGGGCCUGCCUGAAUGUGACCACGGCGGGGCUGGGGCCAGCAGGGCGGGGGCCAGGGAGUGCAGCCCUGGCUCCUGUGACGGGCUCGCUGCUGGUGGCCCUGUGUGCGGUGCUGCUGGCCUGCUACGCUGGCCGGCGGCUGCGGGAACUGGGCUGGUGGGCCGCCCUCAAGCCAUACUGA